AUGGAGAUGGAAAAAAACUAUGUGGCCGCCACUCCGCGAAAGGGGUUGGCCCUGCGCAUCCUCAAGUUCACCAUUGUGUCGUUUGCAGUGUUUGUUUGUCUUUUGAAGAUCAAUUUUUCGCUUUUCUCCACGGAAAAGGUUGAAAACCCACGCGAGAUCGUGUUGGGCGCCUUGGAGCAAAACUAUGCCCGCAAUUGGCUGCAAAUUUAUACAGCAGAGAAGCAUUUGGCUGGUACCAACUACGGCUUGGUGGAGUUCACCAGAAGCAAGCUCGAGGAGUACGGCGCCAAGACUACCGUCGACGAUUAUGACGUGCUUUUGACCUACCCGGAAAGCCAUGACUUGAAUUUAUUGGACAAGAAGGGUAAAGUGGUGUACAAGGCACCAUUGAAGGAGGACGAAAUUGAGGAGGACCGAACCUCUGUCGGAAACGAUACGGUGCCUACCUUUUUGGGCUACGGAGCUAACGGCAAUGUCACUGCCGAGUAUGUGUAUGUCAACUAUGGAAGUGUCGAGGACUUUGCGUGGUUGAAGGAAAAUGGCAUCAGUGUCAAGGGCAAGAUUGCUGUUGCUCGUUACGGAAACAUCUUCCGUGGUCUCAAGGUGAAGUUUGCACAAGACAAUGGUGCUGUAGGAGUCUUGAUCUACACCGACCCUGCGGAUGAUGGCGAGGUGACCGAGGCAAACGGUUAUAAACAGUAUCCCAAUGGCCCAGCCAGACACGAGAGCUCAGUGCAGAGAGGAAGCGCUCAAUUCUUGGGUGGCGUUGGCGCUGCUCCUGGUGACCCCACUACCCCCGGGUACGCUUCCAAGAAAGGGGCUCCAAGAAACGACCCUCAUAGCUCCAUUGGCAAGAUUCCUGUGCUUCCAAUCUCUUAUAGAGAAGUGAAGCCGAUCUUGGCAAAGCUCAACGGCCACGGUAUCAAGACACCCCAAUCGUGGAAAGGUGGCUUGAAGGAGUUCGACUAUACCACGGGUCCAAACCCUGAUUCUUCCUUGAACUUGUACAGUAACCAGACUUUCGUGAUCACCCCAAUCUGGAACGUCUACGGUGAGUUUGAGGGUGAGAACAAGAACGAGGCCAUUUUGAUCGGAAAUCAUCGCGACGCAUGGAUUAAAGGCGGCGCUGGUGAUCCAAAUUCUGGCUCUGCUGUCUUGCUUGAAAUUGCCAGAGCUCUUGGCCAGCUUAAGGACGCUGGCUACAAGUUCAAGAGGAGCAUUAUCUUGCAGAGCUGGGAUGGUGAAGAAUAUGGCCUUGUGGGCUCGACUGAAUACGGUGAAUAUGCUGCGAAGAGCUUACAGAAGGAUGUUGUAGCUUACUACAAUGUCGAUGUCGCCGUCCAGGGCAAGAUUCUCUCCUUGAGCGCUUCGCCUGUGUUGAACAAGGUGUUGAGAAAAAUUGCCAGACUCUUGCCUUACCCUGAAAAAAACUCUGGCUCUCUCUACGAUCACUUUAAAAAGGAGCUGGGCGAUAAGAUCAUUAAUUUGGGCUCGGGUUCGGACUACACCGUUUUCUUGGAGCAUUUAGGGAUCCCCUCUGUUGAUAUGAGCUUUAGAAGCGGAAAGAAAGAUCCUAUUUACCAAUACCAUUCAAACUAUGACUCGUUUCAUUGGAUGGAGAAGUUCGGUGACCCAGGUUUCGUGUACCACAAUUUGGCUGCCAAGUAUAUCGCACUUGUUGCCUUGGAGUUGUCCAGCCACAAGGUGAUCGAGUUUUCCUUGGACGACUACGCUAAAGACUUGCUUAAGUAUUUUAAUGAGGUUAAAGAAAUCAUUCCCAAAGAUUGGCUCGACAAGAAAGUUCCCCACCACUCUAUUGCUGAAUACUUGUCGAAGUAUCCGGACAUGGAAGCGGCUUCAGAUGAAGCGUCACAAUACAACUACCAGAAUACCGACGUGUUUCCCUUCCCUGAAUUGUUGGAGCCAUACCAGUGCAGACACAUGAGAACGAUGUUGAUGAGGAAUGCAGACCACCACAAGAAGGCCACUUUCGGUGAGAUCUUGAAGCACACGGAGCAGCAAUUGGAAGACUUGGAGAAGAAAGCCUUGUUAUUUGACACCGAGAGCGCCAGCUUGCAAGAGCGUUACGACAACAGAAAGAACUUGCACUGGUGGCAGAGAAUCAAGCUUUACUUUGAGAUCAAGCGUCAAAACAAACUUAUCCAGUAUUUUGAGAGAAACUUUUUGUACGAGGAGGGGCUCCACGAGAGACCUUGGUUCAAGCACAUUGUGUUCGCGUCAGGUCGCUUCACUGGGUACGCUGGUCAAACAUGGCCAGGUAUUCGUGAGGCCGUUGAGGACAAAGACAUCGAAAGAGCCGUUAAGUGGCUCGGUAUAGCGGCAAAGUCCGCCAAAAAAGUCAGCACUGGAUUAUCUGUGGAGUAG